AUGGCGAAAACCGUUCUCGUCCUCGGUGCAACCGGUACUCAGGGUGGCUCUGUUGCAAAGCUGCUGCUUCAGUAUCCACAACAGUACCAAGUCCGAUGCCUUACCAGGAACCCAGGUUCAGACAAGGCCAAAGCCUUGGCUGCGCAGGGAGCCGUGGUGGUCAAAGCGGACUUGACCAUUCCUUCGACCUUGCCAGAGGCCUUCAAAGAUGUCUGGGGCGUCUUUGCUGUCACUGAUUUCUAUGAUACGGCCGUCCUCGAUGACCCCAUGAGCGAGGAAAAGCAGGGCCAACAUAUUGUAGAAGCGUCAGUUGCCGCAGGCAAACAAUCCGUCGACGCCGUUAUCCGGGCAGCCGGUCUCAAGGGGUGUUUUAUCCGGACUGGAAACUUUUAUGAAAACAUGAUCUUGCGCAAAUACGCCUCUUACGACAAGGACACCGAUGUUAUCACCAUGACCCGGCCUAUUAUUGGGCCCGAUGCCGAACUCACGUCACUUUAUGUCGAAAAGGAUCUCUCGGCUGUCUGCAAGGCUGUCUUUGAUCAAUGGGAGACCAAAAAGGCCAGUCUCGACGGGAAAUAUUUUCUCGCUAGCGGGGCUCGCGAGACUAUGGGACAGAUCAAUACUGUCCUCGAGAAGGUCUCUGGGAAGAAGGUCGUUUACAAGGUGAAGCCGACGUGUGGCAUUCCAGAUCGCGACAUCAUGUUGCAGUUGUACAACAACGUUGGCAUGUACCCUGGAGUCGAGAUUCCGCCUCCCGAGGUAAUUGAGUUAGGAGUCAAACUCCACAGUGCUGAGGACUUCAUUAGGGAGAGACUGCUUCCGCAUCUCGGUAUUUCGCCUGUGAAUUAG